AUGCCGCCCCUCAGCAGCAUGCCCGUCUGUUCGCCGGAGAGAAGGGAGUGCGGAAAGCUUAGGGGUGAGAGCCGCUGGAGCGACAGGCACAACAUCAACUGCGACGAGAUUACAGCAACACGCUGGGAAAUCAAUGCACCGUGCGGCAGUGCCAUGGCGGGAGGAGGAGCGGGAGUCGGCGCAUCAGCAGAUGUCAAGAAAUUAAACCUGAAACCGUGUUAUGUAGAAGACAGAAGCUCCAAGGUGGCCUGGUUAAACCGUUCCGGCAUCAUUUUUGCUGGAGAGGACAAGUGGUCCCUGGACCCUCGAGUAGAGCUGGAGAAGAGAAACCCCCUGGAAUACAGCCUGCGGAUCCAGAAAGUGGAUGUCUAUGAUGAGGGGUCCUAUACGUGUUCAGUGCAGACACAGCAUCACCCCAAGACUUCCCAGGUUUAUUUGAUCGUGCAAGUUCCACCAAAGAUCUCCAAUAUCUCCUCGGACAUCACCGUGAAUGAGGGCAGCAAUGUGACCCUGGUUUGCAUGGCAAAUGGGCGUCCUGAGCCUGUCAUCACCUGGAGGCACCUCACCCCAACAG